AUGAAGUUUUUAGAAUACACCCCCUUCGACAGUAUAAAUUUGUUCCUCGAGCAGCUCAACCUUGGUGAUUGUACAAUCAGAGGGAACCUUGAGGCCUUCUCAUGUAAGCACACUGCGACAGACCGUCGGCUUUCAAUAAGCCUAGAACAUGAGAUUCUUGAUUACCUUGGCAAGUCCGCUGAUAGUGAUCCUUCUUCACCAGUGGAGCACUUAUCCUCCAGAUCAAGCCGGAAAACAUUGAUAUAUCUAGUUCUCACUCUUGGCCACAUAUAUCCAGAUUAUGAUUUCAGUGCUGUUCGGGCACACUUGUUCUUCCAAGAAGAGGAGUUGGAAAGUUUCAAGCAGAUGGUAGACACCUACUUAUCUGAUGCUUCUAGGCAAUGGGCAGCCACAAAUGAGGGCAGUUCUCUUGUGGACAGUAUGACUAAAGCAAUUGAUGAGGUUAUAAAAAUCAGAGAGUGUGACAUCUACAGCUAUAACCCAGACUCUGAUGCAGAUCCAGUUCUAGAGAAAGGGGCCAUAUGGUCGUUCAACUACUACUUCUACAAUAGGAAGCUAAAACGAGUAGUGAGCUUUCGAUGUUACUGCACUAGCAAAUUAUCAGGAGAUGACUUCUUAACUGGUGUUGUGUCUGAUGGUGAAGAGGAAGAUGCCUUGAUUGACAUGGACAUAUGA